CAUUCUGUCUUGUAAAUGGAUUCACUGCAAAGCCAAUGCAUAUUCAUUUUACAGGAAGCUUGGAAAUUGUCAGGAAAUGAGCGAAAGGUGGAGCCAGGCUGGUGUGCUGACUCGCGGGGAAUAAUAAAGCACAAGAGCAUCUACUCUGGAGAUCUCCCCAGCUCCAGCUCCCACCUCCUGUCUCAGCAGGGGCCCCCCCCACCCCCGACGGGCUGCCUCAAGCUCCGGUUGUACAGUCUCACUGCAGCAGGUACUGGCUCCCACUAUGUGCACAGAAUGAGGCUGGUGUGGAAAUCCGUGGACAAAAUGAGGUGUCUGAGGAAACGCACCACCAUCCCCUUCCUCGGCUUCCUCAUCACCUUCCUCCUUUUCCUGAACCUGUACAUGGAAGACGGCUAUGUGCUGGAAGGGAAUAAAAGGCAGCUCAGGGAAACUUCAGCCCAUCCCCCCAGCUCAGAGCGAUACGUUCACACCUUCAGAGACCUCAGCAAUUUCUCGGGAACCAUCAAUGUCACGUACCGUUAUCUCGCUGGAACGCCGCUGAACCGCAAGAAGUAUCUCACCAUUGGUUUGGCGUCCGUCAAGAGGAAAAGAGGAAACUACCUGCUGGAGACCAUAAAAUCCAUAUUUGAUCAGUCCAGUUAUGAGGAGCUGAAGGAGAUCGUGGUCGUGGUCCACCUGGCAGACUUUGACCUGCUCUGGUGUGAGAACCAGGUCCAGGAAAUCACCCGGAAGUUUGCUCACCACAUCAUAGCUGGACGCCUGCUGGUCAUCCAGGCUCCAGAGGAAUACUAUCCAUCUCUGGAAGGGUUGAAAAGAAACUACAACGACCCCGAAGACCGGGUCCGUUUUCGUUCCAAGCAGAACGUGGACUACGCGUUCCUCCUCAACUUCUGCACAAACCUGUCCCACUUCUACAUGAUGCUGGAGGACGAUGUGCGCUGUUCCCGAAACUUCCUGACAGCGCUGAAGAAGGUGAUCACCUCCAGAGAGGGCACCUACUGGGUGAUGUUGGAGUUCUCCAAGCUGGGCUACAUCGGGAAGCUGUACCACUCCAGAGACCUGCCACGUUUGGCACAUUUCCUCCUCAUGUUCUACCAGGAAAUGCCUUGUGACUGGCUCCUCAUCCAUUUCAGGGGUCUGCUGGCCCAGAAGGACGUGAUCCGAUUCAAGCCCUCUCUGUUCCAGCACAUGGGCUACUACUCCUCUUACAAAGGAGCCGAGAACAAGCUGAAGGACGACGAUUUUGAAGAAGACUCCCUUGACAUUCCUGACAACCCUCCUGCCAGUCUCUACACAAACAUCAACAUCUUUGAAAACUACGAUGCCACGAAGGCUUACAGCAGCAUUGUGGACGAGUAUUUCUGGGGGAAACCUCCCUCCACUGGGGACUUCUUUGUUGUAGUCUUUAACAAGCCAAUCAAAAUUAGCAAAAUUAGAAUAUCUACUGGCUCUGAUGACCGGCAGAAUGACAUUCUUCAUCAUGGAGCCCUGGAAGUUGGAGAAAAACUAGUGGGAACAAAAAAAGGGAAGCAGUGUUCUUCUUUUAUCACACUGGGGGAGUUUAAAAAAGGCAAAAUAGAAGUUCAAGAUGUUGACCAUAAGAUUGCCUUUGACAUUGAGUGUAUGCGCAUUGUGGUGACGGGAAAUCAAAAAGAAUGGCUUAUUAUUAGAAGUAUAGGUUUAUGGACUACACAGCCCCCUAGUCAGUGAAGACUUUCCAAAAACACUCUUAAAACAUCAUAUGAGAAAGUGCUUUUUUAUUUAUUGUGUGUUUUUUUAGGUUUAGUUUUCAAUUUUUUAAUGAAUUUGUUAUUCUCUUUUGAUCCAUUCAAUACUUGUUGUUUUAUACCUAAGAACUGUAACAUUUCUUGUUCAUUUUCAGAUAUUUCUUAAAGAUAAUGUAGUAUUGGCCACAUGACCUGAGUGUUUAUUGAAAUGCGUCCCUUACGUUAGAGAAAAAAGUAAAAGUAAAUGCAUUGUUCUGAAAUCAGAAUAUAUCAAAAAUGUGUUUUGAAAGGCAAUGAGCAACUUUUCCCAGCAAUGCCCCAUUUAUAAAAACCUGCUUGCACAAACAUUCUCCACAGAACGACCACAUCUCAUGAUUUGAAUGGAGGACCUAAAUGCAGGAGACGGACUUUAAUUUGAUAGACACUUAUAUAUAUGACAAAUCAAAUAAAGCGAUACACUUUAAGAUCAGAGAAAACUCAAGACUGAUAAACAAGAAAACCUAAAAAAGACAAACUAAAUACCAGACUCAGUGACUAACUAAAAGUAGCCUGUAUGAUUUCAAACCGAAACCUGCUGUGAUGGUGAAAGUGGAAGGAAACACAAUCUGAUGGCAGAACUAGAACACAAACAAUCAGGACAUAUCCAACAUUCUAGAUUCUGAUCCCAGUACUUAAUGUUGCAGCUCUCCAAAUGACCACUGGAGGACCAUUGUCUUAUGUUAAAAGUCAAUUUACACAUAAAUAAAACUAAUACUAAUAGCAAUAAUAAAUAAGUAUUGUAGUGGAAGCAUCCUCCCAUCAAAAUACUAAUGCUUAGUUGUAAACAUAAUACAGUAUUUCAACUUGUUUUUCUGAAGAGUUUUUAGGAUUUUGUAUUUUUCCUCUAAUGUAUAUGUCUGUUUCAGUGACCUGAUAAUCAGGAAGACCGCUGUAAAAUGAUCUGGACUUAUUUCCGUUUAGUCAAGUCGAUCAGCUGGUAUCUAAUUCACAAAGGGUAACCCCACUAUACAAAGAUACAGCCGUAUUGAUGUUAACACCCUGAGUGGGUCAGAAAGCAGUAAGCAUGAAGUUUACAUUAUGGAAACAAUGUUUGAGGACUGCUGGGUAAGGCUUUCGGAUGCUACUAGUAUCAUCAGUAGGUCUAAGAAUAGAAUGCAGUUUUGAAAGGAAACAAAUGUUGAGGCAUUUCAUAAGCUUUUCAGAUUGAAAACAUGCUGUUGUAGAACCUAAAGGCUUCUUAAUAUUUGUUCGGUUGAGCUUCUUAGAGUCAAAAAAGUAUUAGGAAGAAGGCCUUACCUAUUGUCAAGAGAACUUUAGCCACAAGGUAAGCAUAUAUCAUGCUAUGUCUGAAUCAACUCGUCUAGCUGUCUGGCCCUUUGAAAGACCUUUGUGUCACUCCCUCACUCUUGUCUCAAACCAAAUAUUGUUGAUCAUCUUUGAUGAUUGAAAAUGUCUAAAGUUUCUGGUUCCAAUAACCAGGAAUCAGUUUUAGGAAUCUGUUAUCCUAACUUAGAACACAGUUGCUCUGGUUCACCAGGGUUUAUGGUAAAGGCCACUACAAAAGAAUAUCAAGGAGAUGGUGUCUAAAGUGUAACUUAGGGAAAGAGACUAGAUCUUCCUGACAGAAGGUGAUUGAUGUAUUUAAAAAAACUCUAAAUGCCCUUAUUUCCUCAUCACAGUUGAUUGUGACAGGCAUGCUUCCAAGGGACACACUACAAUGUAUUACCAAGUUUUGGGCUGACAAAACUAGAAGAAAAAAUGGGACAUAACCAACGACCUACAUUCUAAUUUGGAAACCAACCUGUGUUCCUGGAAGAAUCUCUCAGCUUCCUUUACUGGUUUAAUCUGCAGUCAAAUGUUGUUCAUCUUUCAGCACAUCCUGGAGGGUUUGCUACAGCAAAGCAGCUUUCACUAAUUCGCUUAGGUAGUUUGGCAGAGAGUUUCAUGUAGCAGGUCCCCACUGACUUACUGACAUAACCCUGUAAUUUGUCCGGGCUGGGGACCGGCACAGGGAAACCCAGACAUGGGCCCCUUGUGGCUACAUAAUUCUGCAAUAGUAUGAAGGGUCUUGGGGACCCACACUGGAGUUGGCUCUUUGUGCCCCUGAGAAAUGAACCCAGGUUUCCUGCAUGCCAGUCGUAGAGCCAGCCAACUGAAACAUCCAGCUGCUUAUUCAAACCUUGGUCAAAAGGACGGAGAAAAAUGAACCAGCAGUUGGAGACCAGUCACUGCAGCCUGUGCAGAGCAGACCCCUAUCUUGUACUGACAUUGGAAUUUGGGUGUAGUAUACCCCUUGUGCUAUCUUUUGGGCUCCAGAAGACUCCACCCUUACAUUGGAAUGUGAUCCCUCCCAUGACAAAGGUGUACAGCAGGGGUCUCAAACUCACGGCCCGCGGGGUGAUGAUUUGCGGCCCGAGUCUUCAUAUGAGAGAUUACUGUUAGUGCGGCCCGCAAGGCUGAUAUGAAUGACAGUUGCUGUGUGCAGAGCUGAAUGAACCAAUCACGGUGAGGUAUAUGGCUCUGGAGGUGGGACAUUGGCGCGCUGUCUAGGACCUCCUCCCUCUCUCAUUCAUUGCUCCAGUCAGCUGGGUGGAGGAGGAGCCAUGAAGCACCGAACGCGACUCGCGUGACAAAUUCUCGUGCCCCGCGCGGGGAAUUUGCAGCUUGCGGCUCACCAAAAAAUGUGUUUCUGUCGCAGCGCCGCACGUCAAAGGGGCUACCAGCUCCGUCUGUGGAUGUCCCCUUUAGAAUUAAUACGCAUACGAUGUUCAGGAAUACGUUUUUUUACGUGCUGACUGUUCCUAUUGAAUCAGAGCUCCACAAGCUCCAAGCCGCAAACUUGUAGCCCGCCCUCUUUCACCGCGCGGGGAUCCGAUGCUCCCGCCUGUCAAACAUGUGAUUCUGAGCUUGGCACGCACCUGCGUGGGCGUGUCUAUGAAUUUUAAGGUUCACACACUGGCUGUGUCGGCGCGCAUUCCAGUCCAUGUAAACGCGAGUAGAAGUC